AAUGGCAUCAUUUGAGAUAACGGUCAAGUUGCGUUUCGAAGAUAACUGUACAUGUUUAUUGAAGAGUUUCAUCUUCUGAAUUUACAUCUCCAGUGGCAUGUAUCCAGAUAUCAGGAAAUAAUACAGAUAAAUUCAUAGAAAUAGAAAAUAAUUUAAUAAGGAGUAAUGCGAGAUUAUCUCUGAUUUAUUUCGCGAGCUCAUCCAGUGACACAAUUCCUAUUUUUCCAGAUCAGAAUAAGCGGCAUGGAAUUUGAUUUCACACACAAUGUUGGAGAACUUAAGAUGAAAUAUUUGAUGAAACAAACUUCCAACGACGUCUCUUCUACUUCUACACAAUCCUGGUUACCUGCCUUGAAAAAAUUAACAACCUCUAAACAAGACUCACCUAUUUUUCUCACCAAUAUGAAGCUGUACAGUCGUGGCAUAAGGAAUAAAGAUUUGCUAAGACAGACCAAUGGGGACCUCGAGAAUAUUUGCUGCAAAAACGGUGGAAGUUUUGACAACAAUAACAAUAAUUGUCAUGAAGAUUUCGCUGAUAUACUUGGGAAGAGGUUUGCGGCCGACUUUAGGUCGCUGAGGAUCGACCAGCAAAAUUUUGUUGAGAGAAUUUUUGAGAAAGUGAUGCACUAUGCCAAACUUGGAAAGCUCACUGACAGCUCUGUCUAUCAAUUUGAGAUUGACCUGAACAAUAAUCACAUAGAGGAAACUGAACAGUUGGUGACUACCAGUAAUCUGGAAUCAAAUGCUGGAUCUGGAGAAGAAAUGGUGAUUAAAUGUGAACCAUUUUUACUGGAAAAUGGUGACAUUGAAGAUGAUACUUCUACAACUCCUGAGGAAAACUUUAAGAGUGAUGAAACUGAGGACCUGUAUAGCUCUGAAGACACUGAUGAAUCACCCCUUGAUAGGGGAUGCUCUGUUGGAGAAACUGAAAAGCUUCUCCAGCCAAGCCUCCAGCAGCCCACUCCAACGCGCAAGCACGCGUGCGAGUUCUGCGAGAAGUCCUUCAACCAGCGCUGGAGUCUGACCAGUCACGUGGACACGUUCCACAAAGGAAUACGCCGUCACGUGUGCAACGUGUGUGACAAGUCGUUCAACCAGAAGAUACACCUGCUGUCGCAUCAGGCAACGCACCAGAAGACACGCAAACACGUGUGUCCCGUAUGUAGCAAGAGCUUCCUCGUUGAAAGGUAUCUCGACCGGCAUAUGGAUAUACACAAGGAGGUGCGCAUUCGUCACACUUGCAACGUUUGCCACAAAUCGUUCUCGUUUAAGAGCGGCCUGAGCAAGCACCGGCUAGCUGCGCAUGCGCAGAUCAGGACGCACAUGUGCGCCGUCUGCUGCAAGGUGUUCGCGCACCAGGACUCGCUUACGCGUCACAUGACCCGUCACAAGGAGAUGCGCACGCAUCGCUGUCACGCAUGCGCAAAGAGCUUCAGUAGCGAAGCGCAUCUCAACAAGCACUACACGGCUGUGCAUGGCGGUAUCAGUGAUUGAUUUCUGAUUUAUUUUCAAAUUUUAUUCAAAAAUCUAUUUUCAUCAUUCUAUAACCUAUUUUCAAAUUUCGUUUGAAAAUCUAUGGCCAGUUGCACAAAAGCCUGUUGAAUUUAAAUCAUUAUCAAAUCAUAUAAAUUAUAGAUUCUCUGCCUUGUCACUGCCUUCUUUAGAGAAUAACAGAACUGAUAUUGGUAUUUCUGAUGUAAUAUUAACUGUUCAUUCUUGUUUAAAAGAAUCCAUUCUAUUUUAAGCGUCAAGAAAAAAUAUAUCUCAAUGAUUGGAUAAAAAAUUUCAUAAUAAUUGAGAUUAAUUGUCAGUUGCACAAAAGUCUGUUAAAUUUUAACCGUGAUUAAUUCCAAGAGAACCAAUCGAAGCCUACUUUUCAAAGUAGCCUUCUCUGAUUGGUUCUCGUGGAUUUAAGCAUGAUUAAAAUUUAACCGGGCUUAAGUAUUUAAUUAAUUAAUUAUAUUUCUACAUUGUUGAAACACGAUCUGGGAGCGUUGCUGAGCUAGAAAAGGAUAGAGCUAUCAGCUUUGUCGAAUGAUAGACAAGGAUAGCAACACCAAUGUUAAUCAAAUACUGUCAACUGUAAUCAUUUAAUCAUUAUAAGGUCAACCUUACUAUAGAACCAAUCUGAAAAAGCUUUUUUUGAAAAUAAGGAUUCUCUGUUUGGUUCUCGUGGUAUUUAAUCACGGUUAAGAUUUAGCAUUGUGCAACAGAGCCUAUAUUAAUUAUUGUUAAGGUAGGCCCACACAGAUCGUCAUCGGACGGACGGCACGCAUCGGACGAUUAGAUUUGAUGCAUUGUUACUUUCCUCGCCUAUUACCAUAGGUAAGGAAAGUAUUGCUUUCCGAAAAAAAUAAGGUACCCAAAUUUCUAAAUUUCUAUACGUUUCAAGGUCCCCUGAGUCCAAAAAAGUGGUUUUUGAAUAAGCAGCGUUCCAACAGUAUAUUAUAUGACACUGUAAUUGAGAUGAUACAUUAAAUAUUCUAGUAGCUAUUUAGUUUCUUCAUAGCACACAAACGAUUCGGCAAUAGUGCAGAGCUAGAAAAGUGUAAUAGAGCUAUCUGCUGUGUCCAAUAACUGACAAGGAUAGCAAACAAUUUUAAUCAAGUACUGACUUUAUCAAGUGAAUCGCUCCAUAAUUUUUUAAAGCAUUGCUAAAAUCAUUGAGCAAGAUAUUCAAUUAAUAAUUAUUAUCAAACGAAAAUCCCAAUUAAAUGCUGUAAAUCACCCCGAAGACUUCUGCUACUGCAAAUAUUGACAACAGGGU